CUUCUCACCUUCUUUGCAGUGAGCAUGCAGCAGCUGCUCUCAUCUUCCUAACCAGCAUCUAUCAGGCCCUCGUCCACAGGCGUCUGAAAUGUCCUCACGAUCGCCUUUACAGCAUUCCGUGCCCUUGGCACUGCCUACCAUGAGCACCCUCGAGCCGUCUCCAGACACUACGCACUCCACGCCUCCCCUUCGUAUUGGCUUCAGACCGCCCUCUGCCACCUCUACGAGGCAAAGUGCCAAGGCCAAGUCAAAAGGAGUAGCCCCCCUCGAGCUCAAUCUCAAUGCCACCCCAUCCGUCCCACAAAGUCCCUCCAGACGCCUUCGCUCCCUUUCCCGAAAGGCAGCAACAGCAGAUUUGCGACACAGCAAAUCGGAGUCGACGUCGUCUGUCCACAGCCCAGGUUUCUGCGUCAACACCACCCCAGUACCACCGCCGACGAUACCCCCUACACCUGUGUCGCCCUCUUCGCCAACCUCAGCCUCGAUCAUUCCCAGCUUGUCUUCAGCCUCAAGGAAGCUCAAGUCCAAAAGUCAAAAGCUGCUAAGGAAGUUCUCUGUCCCUGUUUGGAAGCUUCGAGGGACUGGCCGAGCAUUCGGAGGCAAGCCAACCGGGCGAUCACCCACCAUUGCACCUUCUGAUGCGGAACAUCACAGCCAGAACACGGCAGAGGAGACGCCCAAUUUCGUCUCCUUGUAUCAGCUGCAGUCAAUGCCGUGUCGUGAUUUCUCGUCGUCACCCCAAUAUGCACAAGGUCGUAGCGUCGGACUCGUCUCAGCGCGCACUUCUACCUAUGGUGGUGGUGCGCACUGGGAGCCUGAAUUGCGCAAGUCGCAAAGCCUUCUGGAGCUGAUGCGCACUCGCGCAACUCGAAGGGACAGCAUGGCGUAUUCACAAGAUGACCGCAGCUUUGGUGUACUUGGAGGCUCGCCACAGACAAGCGAAUUGGAACACACCGUCGCCGACGUUCAGCUUCCACAAUCUCAAUAUCAGACCACGCAAAAGCUCUCACCCGUAAACGAGGCUUCCUUCAACAAGACUGCACAGGACUGUGGCUCUGCAGGAGAUCAUCAAUGCCCUCGCGAGGACGAGUACCAACAGCCUAAUUUAGCUCGACAUGUUACUUCCCCAGGGAAUCUUUCCCGAGGUUUUGGAGAGCCACAGCCAUCGACUUCAGAGAAUUUGAGCCGUCGAGGUUCACAAACCACUACUCGACCAGAAGCCUGCCGCUCUCAUUCCGAUCAGACAAUGGUGCCGGUCAUGCCCCAAGACGAAGAUUACCCCUCUCGCAGAAUGCAUUCACAAGAAGAUGGAGACAAGAGCUCAGAUGACGGGCCUCAAACUCCAAUAGCAACGAGUCCAAUGACGAGCAGCACGCCAGCAAUGAUGGACCACCGCGAUUAUCACAGCACAAGGACGCACCGCCAUGGCAUGUUGAGCUCGAUGACGAUCCAAGAUGCCUUUGCUUAUGAUGAUGUGGGCAGGUCUACACCCAACUUACUAGGCAGUCCAAGUCGAGCUUCUUCCAACAUCAGUCCUACCCGUACAUCGUGCUCACGCGGGGGCACCGGCACUGUAGCCGCAGGUAAACAUUUCCAACAGCCCAGCAAUCAUUCGUCCAGAUUGUCUUGGGAGGCGGACCACUCGGAUUCCGCUGCCAAGUCGAUACAGGAAGAGGUCCACAUCAGGGAGCAGAUCCUUGCUGCUUGCGCCCGCCAGGAAGAGUACCUGCAGUCUUUCCAGCAAGAGUACGCCAAGAGGGAGGCGAGUCCACGACUACUGGCGAGGGGAACGGCGGGUGAUGUUGGGCUAGCUCCACAUCGUAUCUCCACUGUGGUGUCUGGAUCUAGUGAGGCGUUGCUGGCUAUCGACCUGCUUGACCUUCGAUCAAAGGGACUGGACGAAGAGGCGGGUCUCAACAGUCUUGGGGUACCUAGAUUUGCCAAGCAAGCAGACACGGCUUCUCUCCACAGCGGCGGCAAGACUUUGAAUGAGCGACAGCGCAAGACUUCCCUCGGUCAACUCUUUGGACUCUCACAGCCGUCCACGCGCCCAGCACGAUCUCCUCGUCUGUACCCAACAUUGUCUCGGGGCGGCAAUGCGAGGGAGAAGCGCUCCUAGCCCACUGCCUUGCACGAAGGCACAGGGGGGCAUCCCAUUGGCUUGUAGAGCACGGACUUGGCUGAGGAGCACCGAGAGGGGUUGCGCCAGGCCUGAGCUGUGAUUGUGAUCGGCGAUGCUCACUGCCUUGAGGGCCUUGAAAUGUAGAGGCGUGUCUUGUUGUUUUCCACGUGCGUCGGGGUCCU